UGAUCAAACAAAAAAAAAAAAAACUGAGAUAAAAAAACCUUCUAACUCCCAACAGAAACCCCUUCGCGCCCCAAUCCCCACCAGUUCUACUUCUCCACACCACCACUUACCUCCCCCCAAUCAGAAAAUAAAUUAUUAUAUUAUGACUCAGCCAUCGGCACCACCGCCGCUGGCCUCACAACCAUCACCACAACCUCACUCUGCAGGCGGCAGCGUCCAGGUCCGCUGCGCUGGAUGCCGAAUGAUCUUAACCGUCGGACCCGGAAUCACGGAAUUCGUCUGUCCUUCAUGUAAGAUGCCGCAAAUGCUGCCGCCUGAGCUCAUGAAAAAGGCGGUGGCUCCGCCGCCUCAAAACAAUAACAAUAUGCUCCAUAAAAUUACGUCGCCUUCGCAACUGCAAACGCCUGCUCACGGUGUCGAUCCGACCAAGAUGCAACUGCCUUGUGCUAAUUGCAAGGCUAUUUUGAAUGUUCCUCAUGGUCUGGCUCGGUUUCAGUGCCCUCAGUGUUUUAUCGAUCUCGCUGUUGAUUUGUCGAAGAUUAAACAGCUCUUUCCUCCUCCUCCUGCUAUUCCUCCUCCUUCGCGAGCGGUGCUUCCUCUUCCUCCUCUACCGCGACCAGUUCUUCCUCCUCCCCCCGAAGAAGUCAACGAGGUAGCCAUUGAAGUGGAGAGAGAAGAAGAUGAAGGUGGCACCGUGGGAGAAACUUUUACAGAUUAUAGACCUCCGAAACUAUCUAUUGGACCACCUCAUCCUGAUCCUAUUGUGGAGACUUCUUCCUUGUCUGCAGUGCAGCCACCUGAGCCCACUUAUGAUCUAAAAAUCAAGGAUGAUUUAGAAAGUUCAAAGGCUUUGUCAUGCUUGCAGAUUGAGACAUUAGUCUAUGCAUGUCAGAGACACCUUCAACACCUUCCAAAUGGUGCCAGGGCUGGAUUCUUUGUUGGAGACGGAGCUGGUGUGGGUAAAGGUAGGACAAUUGCGGGCUUGAUAUGGGAAAACUGGCACCAUGCAAGGAGGAAAGCAUUGUGGAUUUCUGUUGGUUCAGACUUGAAGUUCGAUGCAAGAAGAGACCUGGAUGAUGUUGGGGCAGCACAUGUUGAAGUACAUGCUUUGAACAAGCUGCCCUAUUCUAAGCUUGACUCGAAGUCUGUUGGGGUCCGAGAGGGUGUUGUAUUUUUGACAUACAGUAGCCUCAUUGCAUCUUCUGAAAAAGGUCGUUCUCGUCUGCAGCAGCUUGUGCAGUGGUGUGGAUCAGGAUUUGAUGGUCUUCUAAUAUUUGAUGAGUGCCACAAAGCAAAAAAUUUGAUACCUGAAGCUGGAAGUCAACCCACACGGACAGGUGAAGCAGUUCUUGAUAUUCAGGCCCGACUUCCUGGAGCACGUGUUAUCUAUUGCUCAGCGACCGGUGCAUCUGAGCCCCGAAAUAUGGGUUAUAUGGUCAGGCUUGGUCUUUGGGGAGAUGGAACAUGUUUUGAUGUUUUCCAGAAGUUUCUAGGUGUUCUUGAAAAAGGUGGUGUUGGAGCAUUGGAACUUGUUGCCAUGGACAUGAAAGCAAGGGGAAUGUAUGUAUGUCGUACCCUUAGCUAUAAAGGGGCGGAGUUUGAAAUUGUUGAAGCGCCCUUAGAACCUGAGAUGAUGGACAUGUACAAAAAAGCAGCAGAAUUUUGGGCAGAGUUACGAGUGGAGUUGCUUUCAGCAAGCACCUUUCUCACCAAUGACAAACCUAACUCUAGUCAAUUGUGGAGAGUAUAUUGGUCAAGCCAUCAGCGCUUCUUUAGACACAUGUGCAUGUCAGCUAAGGUGCCUGCUGCUGUAAGAAUAGCUAAGCAAGCAUUGACAGAAGAAAAGUGUGUUGUUAUUGGCCUACAGAGUACCGGGGAGGCUCGAACUGAGGAAGCUGUUUCAAAAUAUGGUUCUGAACUUGAUGAUUUUAUUUCUGGUCCUCGAGAGUUGCUGCUGAAAUUUGUGGAAGAAAAUUAUCCUCUGCCUGAAAAACCAGAGCAACAAGGAGAGGAAGGUGUAAAGGAACUUCAACGGAAGAGGCACUCUGCAACACCUGGUGUUUCAUCGAAAGGGAGAGUCAGAAAAGCUGCAAGAUGGAAGCCUGAGAGUGAUGAUGACUUUGAUGAAGGGUUUGGAACUGAUUCUGGAGGUGAAUCCAAUGGAUCUGAUGAUGAGUUUCAGAUCUGCGAGAUAUGCAAUUCAGAAGAGGGAAGGAAGAAAUUGCUCCAAUGUUCUUGUUGUGGACAACUGGUCCAUCCUUCAUGUUUAGUGCCACCUGUUACAGAUGUAGUAUCUGAAGACUGGUCAUGUCAUUCGUGCAAGGAAAAAACAGAAGAAUUUCUUCAACAACAGCAUGCCUAUCUUGUUGAACUUACAAAGAGGUAUGAAACAGCUUUGGAACGCAAAUCAAAAAUUUUGGAGAUAAUUCGAUCCUUGGAUCUUCCAAACAAUCCUUUGGAUGAUAUUAUUGAUCAGCUUGGAGGCCCUGAUAAAAUUUCUGAAAUGACUGGGAGGAGAGGCAUGCUUGUAAGGGCCACCAGUGGAAAAGGUGUAACUUAUCAGCCACGAAACUCAAAGGAUGUCAGCAUGGAAAUGGUCAACAUGCAUGAGAAGCAGCUUUUCAUGGAUGGUAAGAAAUUGGUUGCUAUCAUUUCUGAAGCGGGAUCAGCUGGUGUGUCUUUACAGGCAGACAGAAGAGCAAAAAAUCAGAAAAGAAGGGUUCAUUUAACUCUAGAACUUCCUUGGAGUGCUGACCGAGCAAUUCAACAGUUUGGAAGAACACACCGAUCAAAUCAAGCUUCUGCGCCCAUGUAUAGGCUAUUAUUUACUAAUCUUGGUGGAGAACGCCGCUUUGCAUCUAUUGUCGCCAAGAGAUUGGAAUCUCUUGGGGCUUUAACACAGGGCGACCGCAGGGCAGGGCCUUCAUUGAGUGCUUACAAUUAUGAUAGUGCGUAUGGGAAAAAGGCUUUGACGGUGAUGUAUAGAGGGAUUAUGGAGCAGGAUACUCUGCCAGUUGUGCCUCCUGGAUGUUCAUCUGAAAAGCCAGAGACAGUUCAAGAUUUUAUAAUGAAGGCAAAAGCUGCUCUUGUGUCUGUUGGAAUAGUUAGAGACUCUGUUCUUGGUAAUGGGAAAGACUAUGGAAAGUUGUCUGGACGUAUAAUUGAUUCAGACAUGCACGAUGUUGGGCGUUUCCUCAAUCGGAUCUUAGGACUGCCACCUGAUAUUCAAAAUAGGCUGUUUGAUUUGUUCGUCAGUAUCCUAGAUCUUCUUGUUCAGAAUGCACGCAUUGAAGGGAAUCUUGAUUCUGGGAUUGUUGAUAUGAAAGCGAACAUUAUAGAAUUACAAGGAACUCCCAAGACUGUUCACAUUGAUCAAAUGUCUGGGGCAUCAACUGUUCUGUUUACUUUUACUCUGGACCGUGGAAUCACAUGGGAGUCUGCAAGUACCAUGCUCGAGGAGAAGCAAAAGGAUGGGCUCAGUUCUUUGAAUGAUGGAUUCUAUGAAUCUAAGAGGGAGUGGUUAGGAAGACGUCACUUUAUUUUAGCAUUUGAAAGCUCUGCUUCUGGAAUGUUUAAGAUUGUCAGACCUGCUGUUGGGGAGUCGGUAAGGGAAAUGCCUCUGGCAGAGUUGAAAAACAAAUAUAGAAAAUUGCUGUCGUUAGAGAAAGCUCGUAGUGGCUGGGAAGAUGAAUAUGAAGUUUCAUCUAAACAGUGCAUGCAUGGCCCCAACUGUAAGCUUGGAAACUUUUGUACAGUUGGCAGAAGACAGCAGGAAGUAAAUGUUUUGGGUGGUCUUAUUCUUCCUGUUUGGGGCACUAUCGAGAAAGCCCUUUCUAAGCAGGCUCGUCAAAGCCAAAAGCGACUCCGUGUUGUGCGUUUAGAAACUACCACAGAUAACAAGCGAAUUGUUGGGCUCCUUGUCCCAAAUGCGGCUGUGGAAUCUGUACUUCAAGAUUUAGCGUGGGUCCAAGAUAUUGAUGAUUGAGAUGGUGCAGUCUUUUGUUCCAAGGAGCGUGUGAGCAAUACAGAAAGUAAGAAUGUUGCUUUGGAGACUUGAGAAUGUGAUUCAAGUCUGAAGAUACAAGCAUAAACCUCAUAGUGAAAAAGUUAGAAAGUCAUUCCCUGCACCAUGCAAGGAAAUUGUGCAGGCUCAUUCAUACUGAUUUUUUGUCUUUUGCUUUUUUGCUCCAUUUUUUGGCUCAUAAUUUUGUAUAUCUCUUACAGUAUCGCAGAAGGCAGGAAGUUAUAGGUUCCAGGUUGUACGAGUCGUAGUUGUACUCGAACUAAUUUGUAUAAAUCUCUAUAUAAUCAUCAUUCUAUUGCUGAUAAAGAAA